UCUGAAAGACCCUCACAAGAAUUUUGGAUCUCUCAGGUCAUACCCCACUAUCAAAGCCAGCACGCCACCAGUUAGUAAUUAGUUGAACGCUUUAGAAAGUCCAAGGUAUGAUACCGCAAGUCCAAUAACACGACCACAAAAUCGGUCAUUGAACUGUGACCCAGUGUCCCGGCGCCAAGUAGACUUAUGAACAGUCUCGCAUUUAAAAAAAAAAAAAAGUGCUCAGGCAUCCAAUAUAAAAGCACCAUUUGGGUUCUGGACAGUGGACCGUUCCUUGCAAACUUGCCCUCCCAGUUCCAGAGAGUGACUAUCUAAGGAACUCUUGGACAAGAUAUCACCGCUGGCUUCCUGAUUGUCAACCAUGAAGCAAUUCCUCUUGUCACCUCUGCUCCACGCACUACUACUGCCAACUUGUUUGGCCGAUGUGUCAUCGGCUCCCUCCGAGAAUGUGAGGUGGUGUGUCAUAUCAUGGCCGGAGCAUAGGAAGUGCCAGGCCCUGGCCGCCAAAGCACCCAUGUUCUCCUGUGUGAAGCGUGCAAGCCCUGUGGACUGCAUCCAGGCCAUUCAUGCGGGUGAAGCGGAUGCAGUCACAUUGGAUGCAGCAGACAUCUACUUGGCUGGAUUGGAGAACUACAAACUCAAACCCAUAAUUGCAGAGGAAUAUGGCCCAGCAUCAAAUACCUGCAACUAUGCCGUAGCUGUAAGUAAGAGGGGCUCUGUAUUUGGCAUCAGAGAUGUGGCAGGGAAGAGAUCCUGCCACAGUGGUAAAGGUGCUGCUGGCUGGUACGCACCGAUUACAACCCUCAUCGAGUUGGGUAUUUUGAGGUAUGACGCUGAUGAGGACCAAAAUAUGGAGGCCGUCGUGGGUAGGUUCUUCUCUUCGAGCUGCAUCCCUGGAGCACAAAGCCAUCAACUGUGUAAAAGCUGUAAGGGAGACUGUUCACGGUCCCACCAUGAAGAUUUCUAUGACUGCAGAGGCGCAUUCCGGUGCUUGGUCGAGGGUUCUGGAGAUGUGGCAUUUUUUAGUCAUCUCUCACUGCCAGGUUCAGUCUUAGAAGCUGCUCACUCCAGGAAAGAACAUGAACAGGCAAACUAUGAGCUGCUGUGCAAGGACAACACCAGAUCGCCCAUUACCGACUACCAAAGAUGCCACCUGUCCAAAGUACCAGCUCACGCAGUGGUCACCCGGCAAGACUUACAUUUGGCUGAACUAAUCUGGCAAAGCCUCGACACAGUGCGGGGAUUCAACCUUUUUUCAUCUGAAGGAUACACACCCACCAGCAAGAAUCUGAUGUUCAGAGACUCCACUGUAAAACUGGUCCAAUUACCUGCCAACAUAGACUCCUACGUGUAUCUGGGUGCUAAAUUCCUGAGCAUAGUGCGCUCUCUGAACAGAGGUAACAACAAACACGACCAUCAGGCAAACGCUUGGAGCUAUUUUGCAUCACUUUUUUCAGUGGUCAGACCAAAAGCCAUCAGAUGGUGUGCUGUGGGCAAACAUGAGAUCAGAAAAUGUGACGAAUGGAGCAUCCAUAGCAUGUUGACUGGCGAACAGCAUAUUGAAUGCAAUGAGGCCUCUUCUGUGGAGGAGUGCUUAAGGAUGAUCCUGAGCAAUGAGGCAGAUGCCGUGACAGUGGACGCUGGUGAGAUGUACACCGCCGGGCAGUGCGGUCUGGUUCCAGCCAUGGUGGAGCAGUAUGAUGAAGUCAAGUGUGGCAUAAUUGGAGCCACAGCUUCCUCCUACUAUGCUGUCGCUGUAGUGAGGAAGGAUUCCGGGAUUACCUGGGCCAACCUGCGAGGGAAGAAGUCCUGCCACACAGGUUAUGGCAGAACCGCCGGCUGGAACAUUCCAAUGGCUAUAAUCCACAAAGAGAUUAAUGAUUGUGACUUCACCAAGUUCUUCAGUAGUGGCUGCGCCCCUGGAGCUCCAAUUUCUUCAUCCUUCUGCUCCCAAUGUGAGGGUAGUAGCAGGGUUUUGGACGACAUUGACAAGUGCAGACCUAAUAAAGAGGAGAAGUACUACGGAUACGGUGGGGCUUUUAGAUGUCUUGUUGAGAAUGCUGGUGACGUUGCCUUCAUUAAACACACAACUGUUGAAGAAAACAGUGACGGAAAGGGUCCACAAUGGUCAAUGCAUGUUUUCAGCAACGAGUACGAACUGAUUUGCCCCCGUCAAAGCCAUCCAGUGCCAAUCACUGAGUUUGAAUCUUGCCACUUGGGUGUCAGCCCAGCAAAAGCUGUUAUGACCCGUCCUGAGAUUCACCAGGAUGUUGUCAGUAUUCUUCAGGAACAGCAGGCCAAGUUUGGCAGAGGCGGUAGCGAUCGGACGUUCUCAUUGUUUCAGUCCCGGCCCCAUAAUGAUCUCCUUUUUAAAGACUCCACCAAAUGUCUCCAAGAGAUACCUAUUGGAACAGACUAUAAGGUUUUCUUGGGAGCAGAAUAUAUGGCCACCAUGGCCUCACUGAGGGAAUGCAGCACCCCAGAUCUGGAGAAAUUGUGCCAUUCGCAACCCUGCCUGGAGAAUCUCUAAUCUGCUCAAGCUCAUUUUCUGACUGAUACUGAUGUGGUUUUUCAAAAAUAACCUUGUUAACAACUUGCUCUCAAUAACGACCAAAAAAACCUACAGGAGUAUGGUAUUAAAAUAACCUGCUGAAUGAGUUAGUUUUCUGUUUUUAAAUAUUUCUUGCUCAAUGGUCAUCACUUCAUUGGGGACCCUUGCGUGCAAUGCCAUUAAAAAGCCACCGGCUUUGAAUUGCAUUUUAGAAUAAAAGCAUUAAUUUGAGAAGCUGAAACAAUUAAAUUGCAACUUUAUUCAUUCCCUAGAUACUCUAUAUAUACUUUCCAUAUUUAAGGGUCUGCUUCUUGGCAGUUUUAAUCUUAUUUUAUGAUCAAACACUGGUAUUUAAAGUUAAUUUAGCUCACACAGAAUUUACAUAUACUGUACGUACUGUGCAUAUCGGUUUUUCAGUGAAUACUACAUUGCGUACGUUUAAUAGAAAUGAACUUAUGCUUUACUGUAUGUUGCCGUCCACAUUAUUCAAUUAAAUUAAUUUGUAUAUCGUCAACUCCAGUA